AUGGGCGACGAGGCUAGCGCCGCUACACAUCUCGUCAAAUCCAUCAAACGUCGUGGCUCAUCCACAGCAAGCACGUCGUCUGUUUGGCACGACGCGAUGACCCUCUACAUCCAACAAUUGCCCGACAAAGAUCAGCAGAGCAUAAUCUCUACGAAGGACGAUUCAGCUCUGACGGCGCAGAGCAUUGAAACCCUUAUUGCACCUUUGAUAGCAAAGCAUGAGCAUGGAAGUAUGAUGAAGCUACUCAUGAAGUUCGGAUCGACCCUUCAGCACAUCCGAAGCUUCGCCACUGUAGUGGAUGUUGCGGUCCAGUCACACCCGAACGUGGCGUGUCUGAUUUGGGGAGGUGUUAGGUUGAUACUGGAGAUAUCUUCUAGGACGCUUGAGCUUUUGGUGGAAAUAUCGGAAUUGUUUGAAAGACUGUCAACGUACCUGCCCCUUUUCGAGAUGUGGGCAAGCCUGUUUCCUCGAGCAGAUUACAAAGAGCUAUCAGAGUGCUUGACGGAAACGUAUCUUGAAUACAUCAGUGUCCUCGUUAAGAUGAUAAAAUUCCUUCGCGGGUCUGGAAUGGGCAAUAUGAUUCGGACAGCCUUCUCACCUUCCUUUCAGCACCAGUUCAAGAGAUCAGAAGUUAAAAUUGAAAACAUCACUAAAGUGCUUGUGUUACAAGUUCAGACUGCGGGUAUUCGCUCAUCGAUGCUGCGCGACCAGAAUAUCUCGAAACUUUUGAGUGGCAUAGCAGGCGGCGUAUCUGAUCUUCCCACCGUGCGAUUGCCCGUACGAUUUCCGCAGGUCAUGCCUAGGAACGACCGCUACUAUGAAAGGGGCUCGGUGAUGGAUCAGAUGGUCACACUGUUAGCGGGUCAGGGCUCAAGGCUAUCCAGCGUCGCUCUUCAUGGAUUUGUAGGCUGCGGUAAAUCUUCGAUUGCAACGGAAUAUGUUCACCGUAACUUGGGCCUCUACGAAGCUAUCAUGUGUUUUGAUGCCGGUGACAGGGUCAAGCUUGAAAGACAAGUUGUUCAGCUCGCUCGACAUCUAGGCUUUGCUGCACCAGGAGAAGAUGCUAGCACUAGGCGAAGGUUCGUGAUGGAUUGGUUGUCAACUACAGACCUGAAAUGGCUCAUCGUUUUUGACAAUGCAGACGACAGAGCUACGCUUAGAGCCUUCUGGCCCACGGCUACUCAUGGUGCAGUCAUAGUGACCAGUCGUGAUCCUCUGGUCCAAGACGAAGGCCUUGCUACAAACGCUAUCCGGAUCCAAGCUUUCGACAAGAGCGACGGCGCAAAUUUUUUGCUCUCCUUUCUUGAGCGACCUGAUAGUGCAGCAGCCGAAGAUCGGGCGGCUGCAAAUACGAUUACGGAGCACUUCUCUGGGUGGCCUAUGGGGCUGCAAAUCACUGCUGCGUUCAUGCGAAGCAAAAGGCUUACGCCCACUCGAUUUAUGAGACUACACAAUGAACAGAAAAAGCAAGAUCAGGAAUGCAGUCUUCUCGAAAGCUCGACAAGGGUAGCCAGCGUAUGGAAUAUGGCUCUCAGCGAUAUCCCCAGUGACGCCCUCGAGCUCUUGGACUAUAUCUCGCUCCUCGAUCCUGGUGAAAUUCCGGUUGAUUUUGUCGACACACCAACAUCCCAAUUCAUGGAUGCGAGGGCGUGGCUUUCGUCACGCUCACUCAUCGGGUACGACGAAUCUGGAAAUUUCAUUUCCAUAGAUCGUUACUUUCAAGGUGUGUGGCUCGAGAAGCUUAUGAAGGUACGAAGUAGAUACCAUGCUGCCCUUGAAAGGGUGAUAAAGUCCUUACUGGAAGCGGUACCCGAACCUGAUCUUGAGCGGCCUCGAGAUCCUGGACUUUGGAAGGUCAGGGACAUGUAUGUCUCUCAUGUCAGCCACUUGGAACGGCGUUCCCGCGCCCACCUGGCCUCAUUCCAUGUUUGUCCCCUACUCAACUUGAUCGUUCGAUGCAUACACUACUUCUUCGAGAUUGGAGAGUACCAAAGGGGGUUUGAUCGUGUUGAGACUGCGGAGUCAAUGAUUCAACAAUACGGCGUCACAGAUCCUAGCAUCCUAUCAGUACUGUCUUAUGUUCACGGUCGCCUCGCAACAGAGACAAGUCAGCCGGGUCUAAGCAUUCGUCUCUUUGAGCGUGCUCUGUAUCACUUCCGACAACUGUUCGCUUUGGAUGAGGAUCGCCUCUUGGACAGCGGCAAAACGUACCUGUCGCGGCUGUACUCCUGCCUUGGAAACGCACUAACGGCUGCCAACCGCUUCAGUGAAGCAGAGAUAUGUCAUCAAUUAGCACUUAGCGAUGCUCCGAAAAUAGAUGAACCGCAAUCGUCAACGCGAAUAGGCAGUCUAUAUGCUAAUCUAGGAUCUUGCCUGCUAUGGCAAGGGAAGUAUGAGCAAGCAGAAGAUCUACUUCGUAAAGCGCUACUACGGCACGAUCGUGGACUCGAAUGCAGCUUGUACGCACUGGGAAAUGUUUACUUGCGACAAGGUCAACUGAAGAGCGCGUUUGAUCUUCAUUGGGAAGUCUUGGAAAGUUUUUCUACAACCCUGGGACAUUCCCACCAUACUGUCGCAGACUCGUGUCAUAAGAUCGGCAGUAUCUAUGCUCUCUGUGACUUCGAACGCAGAGACUUGCACCAAGCUGAGAUAUUCCUUCGAAAGGCCCUAGACAUAUACCGACUAAUGCAAGGGAACGGCAAACACUACGUGGAGUCAUCGAUCGCAAGGACAGAGUGGAAGCUUGCAAAGAUAAUACAAGUCGGUAGAAGUCCCCUUGAUGCUGAUGCGGCGCUCAUGGAGAUACGAUCCUUGAGCUAUCUUGAAAAGAUUGCAGACUCUAAGGGCGAACUACCUCAAGACGAGGAUCAAAUUGAACAGGCUUUUGACAAUCUUGUCUUCUUCUGGAGCCGAUGA